CAUCCGUGCGUUGCCUCAGUUGAUUCAAUCACUCUGAUCAAGUCGCAUGAUCUUGCCCAUCAUUCCCACACAGCAAAUUGCUCAAUUCGAUCAUCGCAGUGCUUCCGCAAAGUGUCUUAUUCCUGUGUGUGCACAAAGAAAUGAUCCUCGCGCGAGUGCUCAGGACGCUUCAGCAGCCAGGACUGCGCCUCUAUCACUCCAGGAGGGCGGCGUCUCCGCCCAGAAUCCUCAUAACCGGCGGUCUUGGGCAGUUGGGAACGGAGUGCGCCAAGCUGCUCAGAGGCCACUUUGGAACGGAAUCUGUGAUACUGUCGGACAUCAUAAAGCCCAGCCAGGCUAUCGUGGACAGUGGACCCUACAUCUUCGCCGACAUCCUCGACUUCAAGGGUUUGCAGAAAAUCGUCGUGGACUAUCGCAUCGAUUGGUUGAUCCACUUUUCCGCGCUGCUCAGCGCCAUUGGUGAGCAGAAUGUGCCACUGGCCGUGAGGGUGAACAUCGAAGGGGUGCACAAUGUGAUUGAGCUGGCCAAGCAGUACAAAUUGCGCAUCUUCGUGCCCAGCACAAUUGGCGCCUUUGGUCCAGAUUCACCCAGAAAUCCCACGCCAAACGUCACGAUUCAGAGGCCAAGAACAAUCUAUGGCGUGUCGAAGGUUCACGCUGAACUUAUUGGCGAAUACUAUCAUCACAAGUUUGGCCUGGACUUCCGCUGCUUGAGAUUCCCCGGUGUCAUUUCCAGCGAUGCUCCUGGCGGUGGGACAACAGAUUACGCCGUGAGCGUGUUCUACGAUGCUCUCAAGACUGGCCACUUUCAGUGCUACCUGAGGCCAGAUACGCGUCUGCCCAUGAUUCACAUUGAGGACUGUCUCAGGGCUCUGCUCGAGUUCAUGACGGCGCCGCAGGAGAGCCUCAAGAGGAGGGCCUACAAUGUCACCGCCAUGUCCUUCACACCGGAAGAAUUGGUGGCGGAAUUGGCGAAAUAUGUGCCAGAGCUCAGGGUGACCUACAAACCCGACAGUCGACAGCUAAUUGCUGACUCGUGGCCACAAGUGUUCGAUGACUCCGAGGCGAGGAACGACUGGGGAUGGAAGCCCAAGUACAAUCUGCAGGAUCUGACAGAGAUGAUGGUGAGCGACGUGAGGAGGAUGCUUGUGAGGAAUGGACAGCUUCAGGAGGCUUCCGGAUGAUGCGCUCAAGUGUGCAUUUUAUCUAUUUUAUCUCUAAUCAAUCAACACUCAUUGGUCUUGUAUACGAAUCCAAAUUGGUGCCAAAAGCUAUUUAAUAUAACACAAUUUAUAUACAACAUUAUCGGGAAAUGGCAAUGUAAUCGCGCAACAUAUUUUUUUUUAUUGAUAACAAUGGGGAUUUUUUUUUGACAAAAUGUGACUCUCUGUGAACAAAAUUGUAUGUUAUUAAAUACUGUCUUGAGUCAUUUUCACUGGUAAAACAAUCCUUUCUUUUGCAAACCAACAAUGAAACUCUCGUUGUCACACACACACACUUUAAUUGAUUACGAGAAUUUGUGAUAAGAAUUCGGAGAAAAUUGCACGGAAAAAAUA